AAUCAGGUCAGGACAUUAUUAUGACAGGUUUUUUUAAUAACAUGAAAACGAUUUAACUUUUUAAGCUUUGUGUUAUACAUAUUAAACUCAGUAAAAACGAAAAUAUGCAGUAAACAGUUUUAUGAGCAAGAAUACUAAACACAACAACAAAUAAAUACAAAGAGCAGCGAGCAUGCACAAAAACAACUAAAUAUAUACAACGAUAAAUAAGUGAGCAUACUACUAUAUAAAGACGAAGUAGCUGAUAUAAAGCUGAGUCUAUAUUACAAAUAUAUACAUAGUAGGUAAUGCAAAUAUCUAGAAAAUAGUUAGCAGGGAGGGCGGAGGAGCAAAUUCGACUGAAGAACUGAAGAGGAAAAUGAAAACCAUGUGCCAACUAUAUAUACUCUGAGGCAAGGGAUUCUGGGAGGAACCUUCUAGAAGGAGUAGGGAUGACCCACAUGGAGUGGAGUACUAGGAUACUCAAUGGGGUGCAAAUGGGGAAUGUAAACUCGACCUUGGUAUUAUCCUAGAUGAAUCAACAUCUGUUGGGACCUACUUCUCAUCAGAAGUUUACUUUGCUCGAUUAUUUGCAUACAGAUUAAAGUUUGGGACAUCAGCUUCACUAGCUUCAGUGAUAACUGUUUCGGAUGCUGCAAGACUAAAGUUUCGUUUUCGUGAUUAUCAAGGAUACAACGGAAAUGGACUCCAAUCAGCUUUGUACUACUUACGUUCCACAGGUGGAGGUAGUCGAAUUGAUAAAGGCCUAGAACUGGCUUUUUCAUCCAUGUUUCAUGAUACAGCAGGGCAGCGACAUUCUGUUCCAAAGAUUCUUCUUGUGUUGACUGAUGGAAGAAGUACUUCAAGCUUGGCACAAAUACAAGCUGCCACAAAUAAAUUAAAAGCCAAGGGCAUAUUAGUGUUUUCUAUCGGAGUUGGUGCUAUUAAUCAGCAAACACUUCUUUACAUUGCAUCGGAUCCCAAGUUUGUAUAUCAGUACACGUAUGCAACAAAUAUUCAGACCAUUAUCACCAAUAUUAUUUCUCAAAGUUGCUCACUUGUUACAUGUCAGUUUAAAGAUUGUUAUUAUCAUUACUGGUCUGCAUGGUCAGCAAAAUGUGGGACUGCAUAUCGUACAAAACAACUCCGAACUGCUGUAAGUCGCACCAAAACUCAAACAGGAAAAUGUACAGGUCUACCAACAUCUUGUAAAUCCAUGCUAAAAGAAACAAAAAAUCUUGGUACAUGCAUCACAAAUUCUGAACCAACUAGCUGCAAUAUUGAUCUUGGUGUAAUUCUUGACGAAUCUUCCUCUGUUUUUCCACUUACAAACUUUAAAAAAGAAACAGAUUUUAUUGAAGCUAUUACAUAUAAUCUUGCCCUUGGGGUUGAUCGUUCGUUAAUUUCUGUAAUGACCUUUUCAACACAUGCAAGAAUGAAAUGGCGAUUUCGAGAUUAUUAUGGAUAUAGCAAAACUGGAUUGAAGCGUGGUUUGUCUGCUUUGGUUAUGACAGGUGGUUACGGAACUGUUACAGACACAGCCUUAAAUGCUGCCAGAAGUCAAAUGUUUGUGACUGCAUCUGGUACAAGAUAUAAUUUUCCAAAGGUUCUUCUUAUUAUUUUGGCUAAAAACAGUGGUGUUGAUAUGCACCGUCUUCAAGAAGCUUCAGAUCUUUUGAAAUCCCAGGGAGUAAAUGUAUAUGCAAUUGGUGUUGGUUCUGGUGUAUAUGUGCAGGAAUUAAAAGCAAUUGCCACCCAUUACAAGAACGUAUUUCACGUUAAUAGCUUCUCAAGCUUACAAAAUAUUGCCACAAAUGUUCGAACAGCUGUAUGUGCAUUUUCUACAUGUAUUUACUACCAAUGUGAUUAUCAUCCAUGGUCAGCCUGGAGUGGAAAUUGUGGGAAAAUUUCACGUACAAGUUAUUUAAGAAACACAAUACGUAAAGAAAAGAGACAACAAAGUGGUUGUGCUGGCUUAACAACAGUCUGUGCUCCUUCAAAGAAAGAAUUUAAAACAGCUGCUAAUUGCCAAAGUGAUUCUACAGCAAUGUGCAAGCUAGACCUUGGUGUUAUCUUAGAUGAAUCUUCAUCAAUCAGUCCAACUUCCUUGUUUCGAAAGGAAACAGAUUUUAUUCGAGAUCUGACAGACCAUUUAACAAUUGGUCCUCAAAAUACAUUAGUUUCAGUUCUAACAUUUUCUACAAUUGCUCGAUUGAAAUUUAGUUUUCGUGAUAGUGAUGGACGAAGUAAAUUUGCACUGAAUAAUGCUCUGUUACGUAUAAACAUGCUAGGAGGAAAUACUGCAACUGAAAAAGCAUUAGACAUGGCACGCACAAAAAUGUAUGCAACCAGUUCUGGUCAAAGGGAGGGAGUCGCAAAAGUGUUAAUUGUAAUAACUGAUGGAAAUAGUCAGGUUGGACCAGUUAGAGUUAAACAAGCAUCUGAUCUUUUGACUGCAAAAGGAGUAAAUAUUUUUGCAGUAGGAGUUGGCAAAGCAAUUAAUCAGAAUGAAUUGAGAGCAAUUGCAACUGGUGACACUAACAUAUUUCGUGUUGAUGGAUUGAAUGAUUUAAGUAAUAUUAUUAAUCGUGUUCGAACAGCAAGUUGUUCAGCGGUGACAUGUCAGUACAGAGACUGUUCAUAUUAUAACUGGAGUACAUGGUCUGCAACAUGUGGUACAGUAACAAGAUCAAGGCGAUUGUACCGUGCAAUUGAUAGAACAACCAAGAGGGUUGGUGGUUGUGCAGGAUUAGCAUCAUCAUGUCGCUCAUCUAUUUUAGAACAAAAGACACUCAGUGCUUGCAAGCCCUCCAUAGUAAUGUGCACGUAUUAUGAAUGCAACUGGGGAGAAUGGUCAAUGGCAAGUGCCACAUGUGGAUACAACACAAAAAAACAAAGGUUUUUAAUGCAGAAGCAAAGAAGUGCUCAUUAUUACACCCGCUGUCCUUCAAACUUAAAACUUACCCCUUGUUCAAAAACGCCUCAAGUUUCAACCGCCAAUGUAUUAUGUCCAUGUCGUAUCAGUCAGUGUUCAUGGUUAUCUUGGUCGGGUUGGUCAGGUACAUGUGGAAGUGUAACAAGAACACGCCAACUGCGUAAAACAUCUCAAUAUCAAUAUUUUUAUGAUUGCAAGGCUGCAGAAAUAGCACAUGGGUGUAAAAUUCAAAAUGAAAAAGAGACACAAUCAGCAAAUGUUAAGCCAUGCGUUACGACAGAGUGCAAAUUGGACCUAGGUGUCAUUCUUGAUGAAUCAACAUCAAUCCAUCCAAAUUUGUUUCGCAAAGAAACAGACUUUGUAAAAUAUUUCACUGAUUAUUUACCCAUUGGAAUGACAAACACUUUGGUUUCAGUCAUCACAUUCUCAACUGAUCCAAGAUUCAGAUUUAGUUUUAGAGACUACCCUGGUUAUAACAAAUAUGGUUUAAACGGUGCACUUGAUCGAAUUAAUAUGUAUGGUGGUAAUACUGGUACCGAAAAAGCUUUAGAAAUGGCUCAAAAUCGAAUGUUUACAUGGAGCAAUGGUGCAAGAUAUGGUAUAUCAAAAGCUUUGAUAGUUAUCACAGAUGGGAACAGUCAAGCUGGCCCAACCAUUGUUAAACAGGCUUCAGAUAAACUUGCUGCUAAUGGAAUCGACAUUUUUGUAGUUGGAGUAGGCAAUGUUAAUCGGAAUGAGUUGAAAGCAAUUGCAACCAAUGAUGCUAACAUUUUCCAUGUUAAUGGAUUGAGUGAUUUGAAAUCCAUCGUGAAUCGUGUUCGACAAGCGACAUGUGCAGUCAAGGAGUGUCAUUACAAGCAUUGUUCCUACUAUGGAUGGUCUGCAUGGUCUGGUACGUGUGAUAAAGUUCACCGAACAAGAAAAUUGUAUUAUGCGUACAGUAAAGUUACAAAACGAUAUGGUGGAUGUGCAGGGUUACCAACAACAUGCCAAGCAACUCAUAAAGAAGAGAAACUUCUUCAAGCAUGCAGAAAGACAGUUGUAACUUGUACAUUCUACACUUGCAAUUGGGGUACUUGGUCAGCAUUCAGUACCACCUGUGGCGCUAACAUGAAACGUCAACGUAUCCUUCUUGAAACAAAACACACAAAAAAUUACUACACAAGAUGCCCAACAGAUUUAAAUACGAAGCGUUGUUCAAAAACACCGAACGUUGAGGCUAAGAAUGUCUACUGUCCCUGUCGUGUUGAAAGAUGUGCUUGGGAUGCAUGGUCAAAGUGGUCAACGACAUGUGGUCGUGCUACAAGGAUACGAAAAUUAAGAAAAUAUGUGAACCACCAGUUUUCAUAUGAUUGUUCUUCAGUACAAAAGAGUUUUGGUUGUAAAGAAACAAAAGAAACAGAAACCCAAUCGUUUACCCUUGCUCCUUGUGAGCGUGACUGCGAAUAUGCAGUAUGUACAUACAAUGAUUGGUCAGAAUGGAGUGGAAGUUGUGGUUAUUUAUCGCGAUCACGUACUGUCAAAACGACAAUAAAAAAAACGAAAGUUAGAGCCCUGACAUGUGAUGGAUUGUUGACUUCUUGUUCUGCUUAUACAACUCAAGUACAAAGAAAACCUGUUCUCUGUAACUGCUCUUCAGUGAAAUGCACAGCCAAAGCCUGGACAAGCUGGUCCUCCUCCUGUGGUUUUGCGACAAGAAGUAGAACUUAUUUGAAAGAAACAGUCACUCAACGGUUGUACAGCUGUGAUGGAUUAAAACAAUCUUGUCCACAAAGUGAAGAACAAAAGAGAACUACGCUAUGUCAAUGUAACUAUGUGCAGUGUGUGCCAAAUACAUGGUCUGGUUGGUCCGCGAAUUGUGGAAAGGCCACACGUACAAGAAGGAUACAGUCUGUUCAAAAAUCUGUAAUGAAAUCAACAUGUACUGGUUUGACAACAUCUUGUCCAAACACAGAAGAAACAGAAAGCAGAAACAAACUUUGUUCAUGCAGCUAUGUAGAAUGUGUUGCAGCUACCUGGUCGCCAUGGUCUGCAGAUUGUGGAAAAGCGACAAGGAGUCGUGUUAUGCAAAUUAUAUCGAGGACUGUUGAAAGAUAUAGUUGCGAUGGUUUGAAAAAAACUUGCCCUACUACAACUGAGCAGCAGUCAAGAACCAAGUUAUGUAAAUGCGAGUAUGUAGAGUGUAAGCCAGCAGCAUGGUCUGAAUGGUCAGCCGAAUGUGGUACUGGAGAAAGAAAAAGAAAAAUACAGAUUGUGAAGAAAAUUGCUAUGAAAGAAAGUUGUGAAGGGUUGCCAACAUCCUGUCCGAUGAAAGAAGAAAAUGAAAAAAGAAAUAUCAAAUGUGAGUGUGAACAUGUUGAAUGUGUUGCCGGACAGUGGUCUAAGUGGUCAGCAGAAUGUGGUCGCAUAUCAAGAAGUCGACCAAUCAACACCAUUAUAAAAACAGUAAUGCAGUAUGAUUGCACGGGGCUUCAACAAUCAUGUCUAAAGUCAAAAGAAACCGAAAAUCAGGAAAAAUUGUGUGAAUGCAAGUACGUACAAUGCGUACCAGGUCCCUGGACAGAGUGGUCUGCAGAAUGCAACGGUGCGAAAAGAACACGAAGUAUCAAUGCUGUUCAAAAAACAACAAGGAGACUGACUUGUGAAGGCCUUACAUUGACUUGUAAAAAUUCCGAAGAAACAGAGACAAGAACGAAUUAUUGUCCACCUGGUGAAUGCAAGUAUGUAGAAUGUGUUCCUGGGGCGUGGUCAGAAUGGUCUACAAAAUGUGGUGCAGGAGAAAGAAGAAGAUUGCUGCAUACGGUAGAGAGGACUAUACUUAAAUAUAACUGUGAAGGAUUGAGGCAGACAUGUCCAAAAGACCAGGAGGUGGAAAAAAGAACAGAGAUGUGUGAGUGUAAAGAAGUCAACUGUAUUCCACAGACUUGGUCUGAAUGGUCGGCUGAAUGUGGAAAUCGCGAAAGAAGUAGAAGUAUAAAAGCGAUUUACCAAACAGUUCUACGUCACAGCUGUGAUGGAUUGAAAACAACGUGCCCACGAUCGGAAGAGAAGGAGACGAGCAGCGUACUAUGCACGUGUCCUUAUGUACAGUGUGUCUCGGAGGUGUGGUCAGAAUGGUCUUUUGAAUGUGGUCCAGCUGAACGAAGUAGAGAUAUCAAAGCAGUGAAGAAAACCAUCCAAAAGUUGGAUUGUAAAGGACUACAACAAACAUGUCCUCGUCCGAAAGAAAUACAGGAAAGAAAUAAGCUGUGUGAGUGUGAAUUUGUGCAGUGCGUUCCUGGGACAUGGUCAGAAUGGUCAACAGAAUGUGGAAAAGCGACCAGGACUAGAAUUAUCAAUUCAGUUCCUAAAACCGAAAAGAGAGAAUCUUGCGAGGGUUUGACUUUAACGUGUCCCUCAUCUGAAGAGACAGAAACGAGGAGUAAGAAAUGUCGUUGUGAUUAUGUGGAAUGUAUUCCUGGACUGUGGUCUGAAUGGUCUACCGAAUGCGGUCGAGCUACGAGAAGUCGAUCAAUUAAUUCUAUUCAGAAAAUCGUGGAGAGAUAUAGCUGUGAAGGAUUGACACAAUCAUGCCCAAAACCCGAUGAAGAACAAAGCAGGGACAAAAUCUGUGAGUGUGAGUACGUUGAUUGCGUGGCUGGAGUUUGGUCCGAAUGGUCAACAGAGUGUGGUAGCGGGACAAGAACGAGGCCUAUAACAAGUGUAUCAAAAACCAUAAAAAAAUCCAGUUGCGAUGGAUUAACGACAACGUGUCUGAAAACUGAAGAGACAGAGGAUAGGAAGAGAUUAUGUACGUGUACUUACGUUGACUGCGAAACAGGAGCAUGGUCCGAAUGGUCAGCAAAAUGUGGAAAUGCAACCCGGAGGAGAGUGAUCAGUGCAGUCGUGCAGGAAAGUGAGAUGGAGAGCUGCGAAGGCUUAAAACAAACUUGUCCAGACUCGGAAGAAGUAGAGAAACGCUCUUCGUUGUGUGAAUGUCCAUUUGUUGAGUGUGUACCAGGGGCAUGGUCCGAGUGGUCUGCUGAUUGUGGAGAGAUGCAACGAACAAGAGCGAUUGACGUGGUGGAAAAAACAGUCAAAAAAGCUAGUUGUGAAGGACUGCUGCAAACUUGUCCAGCAUCCGAAGAAACCGAGUAUAACGAAGCUUUAUGUACGUGCAGUGCUAUUAAAUGCACUUGGGCACCUUGGAGUAUGUGGACGAAAACUUGUGGAAAUGCUGAAAGGUCACGUGUUAGUAUUGGUCAGUUAACAACUGUUAAACGCUUGUCUUGCGAUGGACUUCAAAAGACAUGCAGUGAGAAGCCACAAACCGAGAAAAAGACGUUUCAAUGCACCGAUGUAAAACCAACGCAUCAGACAGCCGGCUCUGACACGUGUAGUGUUAAAUACCGUGCGCUUGGCUGCUAUGACGACGAUCAGAAAGUGCCUCGCCCAUUACCAGAAUUGAUUUUAACUGACCGCGAUCCAACUUAUCGUACAUGGACUGGCAAAAUGAUCAACUGGAAAAAUUGGGAUAGCUACCAUGUUGAUUUUAUUUGUCGAUGUGCUGCUAAAGCUAAAGAAUUGAAGUACAGAUAUUUUAGUACUCAAUUUUACGGUGAAUGUUGGUCUGGACCAGAAGCUGGUGAUACUUAUGCGCGCAACGGAAAAAAAGAUUAUUCGCAUUGUAUUAAAUCUAGGUUCGAAUCAUGUAAAGUGGGUGAUUUAAAUUGUGUUGGCAAGAAGGAGACAAAUUACGUAUAUGAACUCAGUGGUUUACAAUAAGGCUGUUAUGUCCAUUUGUGUAAAAUUGCAUUUAAUUUUUUUUAGGGAUGGGAAAUAUAAAACAGCAGAUUAAAUAA